GUGUGGGAAAUUGCAACCACAAGACCCGUGCACGCCAAAAGUUACAGAAACACGACACCCGACACACGACCUCAAAGUUGGAACAAUUGAAUCAUCAACAGAUUCCUCCUUCAAAAAACGGUGGAAUUGUCUGAUGUCAAGGAUAUAUACCAACUCGCAGGUCUUUUGUCUAUGUUCUGGCCAGUCUGUUGAUGAGGAGACCAAACUUCCUUAUGCGAUCAAUGAGCCGGGGUCCUGUCACCAAUUGGCGAACUUACUUUUCUGUGCAAAUUGUCAAGGGCAUAAAUGUAAAACCAACUGCUGCUCGUUUGAUAUAGAAUGCAAGUUUUGUCCCAAUUGUUUAUUUGAUUAUACGGGAUCCAGUGAUAUGGUUUGCUCGAAAAAUUGUUUUGAUUGCCCAUUGUGUGAUUCAACUUUAUCAAUAAGCGUAAGUGAUGAUACGUUGGAUGGUAAACCAGGGAAGGUUUUCAAAUUUAAAUGUCUGCAUUGUCGAUACUCCUACAAAACGGGGAUUAUAACCAAACCUAAAUCAUUGAUUAAUAUAAUCAAAUCUGAAAAAAAGAAAAUCAAUGCAUUCCCACAGAUAUAUCUGAAAUUUUUGAAUGGAUAUAAUGAUCUAGUAACAUUACAACAAUUACAACAACAACUGAAUAAGAGACUGGUGAAAAUGACCCAAUCAAAAAAACAGAAUAAGCAUUUAUCGGAUAAUAUACUAACGAGAAUGAAACAGAUGAAUGUUUCGAAUGUGAAUAAAGAUACUUUUGACGAAAUGGAUAUUCUCAAGCAUAAAAUUGACUCUAACCAUUCAAUCGAGCUAAAUGAAGAUCAAGAUAAGCUUGAUGCGCAACAAAUAGCUUCCAAAUCUGAGGGGGGUGGUUUUAUUGCAUACGAGCGUCAAGCAAAAUUAAAUAUAGAUAUGUUGCAAAAUAUCAAUGCAACUAAAUCAGUAGGGAAAAAUCUGGGGUUAUUCCCGGUUGCCAAAUCUCUUCGGGCUAAAAAAUCUUAUAAAUGUUUGAAUUGUAACACUCCUUUGGUGGUUCCAACGAAAGAUCCUCUUCUGAUAAAGUUUUUAACAAAAUGGAAUGCUAUAGAUUACUUACCCACAAUUCAAAUUACUGGUCUUGUCAAUAAACCUUAUCCAAAAUCAUUGAGGAUUAAUCACCUGGAGCCAUUUAUUAUAAAUGUCAUGAAUCCUUUAGAAUACGAUAUUAGUGCAUCUAUCUUCAUUUUAUCUGAAUUAUCAAAGGGUUUUAUCAAUCUGAGAUAUGAUUCUAACCAACCUUAUGUAACUCAAUUAACUUUACCGCUAACUAAUUUUUCGGUUCCUGGUAAUUCAUCCUCCAAUGAUGACAAAACGCCCUAUAUAAAAACUAUUCCAACCCCAUUAUUAACUCAAAAUACCAAAUUUUCAAGAGCAGAAUUAUUAAUGAGAUUGGGGAAACUCAAUAGUCAAAACAAAUCGGUUUCGCCAGAUGAGUCUAUUGAUAUAGAAAACACAAUGAUAGAAAAAGGUGUCAAUUGGAUCCUGAUUCCAAUUUCCCUAGUUGUUAAUUAUACCAUGUCACAACUUUCAAAUGUUGAUUAUGAAGAUGAAGUUAAUAUUAAAAUACCUUUUUAUAUCACCAUAGAAGCCAAAUUACCCGAAGAAAUUAAAAAAUUGGGAACAUCUAAAAAAGGUCUUAAAUAUGGUUUUUGGAAUAUUGUAGAUUUGGGUUCUUUUGCAAUAAGUAAUAAUUAAUUAAAUCAUUCUUGUACAUAUUA